CCGCCGGCAACCGCUGCAGAAGGGAGACCGGUUGAAGGGGCGUAGGGGAGAGGAAAGGACCGACGCAGAGUGGAGAGAGAGGAGAGGAGAGAGAGGCCGACGCCUUCUUCCUCUCUUCUCAUUUCUCAUCUCUCCAUUCGGGCUGGUGAAGCAGCUUUCGGAUAUAUGCGCGGCAAUUGACGGUUGAUUUUACCAGAUCUACGCGGGAACUUCGACGGCGAUGAACUAACUUUCCCGAUCUUACAAGUUAGGCGAAAUUGAGGCGGCAAUGGGAGAAGAAAGUGUGGAAAUGGAGGUGGAAUUCCCAAAGGACGAGGUGGCGAAUCACGAGGGUUCCUCCAAAGGAAAAGACGAAGAAUCGGCAGAGAAAGAAGGAGAAAAAGAAGAAUGUUCGUCGGUUGAGGAGGCGGUGAGAACGGAGGAGGACCAACGGAAAGACGCUGAGGCCUUCAUUUGCCUGCUGCAACCCUCGGUCUCCGGCUCUGAUCCCUUCUAUGUCGGCGUUCGGCGUCUCCUUCUCUAUAGAAAGGCGUUGUCUGGAAGGGGUAGGCGAAAGGAAUGGAGAUGCAACGGCAAGGCGUAUGUCGCUUACCGGAAUUACAUCCGUAGGCCAAGAAAUUGGGAAAAUAUGCAAAUGCCAAGCCAAACUAGUACACCAGGAAAUAGUGGGCGCUGGGCUUCAACUUCGGGUGUGCAUAAUACCCUUUACGAGGCAGAGAGCUGGAGCUCCAGCAGGGACUUGCAAGGACUAAAUCCUGCUUUGAGUCACUGUGCAAGUUCCAGUUCAACUUUUAGUGAGUCUGACCAUCUUAUUCGGUUUGUGGAGCCUGCUUAUUCGUUUGUUGGAAUGCAUUGCAUCUUUGACAGCUGCAAAGCUUCAGUCACAGUUGUCAAAUUUGGGCAUAUGAGUUCUGAUCUCCUUGCAUAUGGUGCAUCUGAUGGAAGCCUGACUGUUUGCACUGUUACUCAGCCUCCUGCCAUUCUUCAGCAGCUAAAAGGUCAUUCAAAAGACAUAACAGAUUUUGAUUUUUCAUUGAAUAAUCAGUACAUUUGUUCAUCGUCAUUGGACAAAACUGUAAGGAUCUGGGAGAUAUCGAAAGGUCAUUGUGUUCGUGUUAUAUACGGAGUCUCUUCCCAAUUGUGCAUCCGCUUUCACCCGGUGAACAACAAUUUCCUUUCAGUGGGCAAUUCUAACAGAGAAAUUACUGUGAUAAAUUUUAGUACAGGGCGAAUCAUAAGUAAGAUUACCUUUGAAAGCGAGAUUACUGCAAUGGACAAUGAUCAUACAGGACAGCUCAUUUUUGCUGGUGAUAAUCAGGGCUCUGUUCACAGUAUGAGCAUAGACUCACAUACAGGUGCUUUGUCACGGAGUCAUCGCAAUAGAAGUAUCAGCAAAAACAAGUCUCGUAUAACAACUGUGCAGUAUCGCACAUUCUCCUUAUUAGCAAGAGGUCCUGUUCUGCUUACAUGUUCUCAAGACGGCACCAUCUCUUUCUUCAGCGUUACGUUGGAAAUUAAGGGUUAUUUGACUCUACGUUGCUCACUCAAAAUACCUCCUCGUACGCAUGGAAUUCAUGCUUCUUUCUGUCCACUGCUGUCCCUUGAGAAAGGGGAAUUCAUAGUCUCUGGAAGCGAGGAUUCAUGCGUGUAUUUCUACGACUUGACCAAACCAAAACACACCUGUGUGAACAAACUGCAGGGCCAUGGAUCUCCUGUCAUAGGAAUUGCUUGGAACCAUGGAGAAAACUUGCUAGCUUCAUCUGAUUCUGAAGGCAUGGUUAUCGUCUGGAAACGAGCAAAGUCCGGCAAACAGUGACCCAAGCCCCGGCGGUAACAGUGAUUGUACAAGUUUUGUUGUGAUUUUCCAUUUUUGUAUAUCCUCUGUGAAAUUUACUAGAUUCGUGUUCAUGGCAACAGGAAAAAGAAAAGAAAAAAAAAAGGAAAUGAAAGGAAAUCAUAAAAGAAGGAAUUUUUUGUGUAUCAUAUCCAUUCUUUUAUGAAAGGAAAAGGUCUGUUGAUUUUUA